UAAGCAGUAUAGAACGUCCUCUUUAUGUUGACUGUACGUGUCUAUAAUCCUAACAUAUUCCCUGUUGUAACGAAAAGACAACUGUACACAAAAUCAUAAUAAUGUGAUGACAAGUACAUUAGAUUACGUUCCUUUGGUUAAAUAUUCAGUUUUUUAACGAGUGCAUUUCAUAAAUACUUAAUUAAAGAUUCAAGAUGGAAAGAAGUUUAGAGAAAACAUUAGAUGAUAUAAAUAAUACAGAAGGUAUCAUUGGCUGCAUCUUGGCUGAUCAUACAGGAUUAUGCUUGGGAGCUAAAGGCAAUGCAUCUACUGAUAGUGCAGGUAUAAUUGCAGCCAUUGCAGACCAAGUUGCCAAAUUAGAACCAAAACUGCCAGCUCCAAUUAUAUCUCUUCAAAAUGAAAGCAGGAAAUGUCUUAUCCAACGCCAAGGCCCAGUUGUAGGUGCAAUUUACAAGGAUGUUUCUAUAUAAAAUAGUUUCCAUUUACUUAAACUGGUAAUAUUAAUUAUAUUUAAAUAAAACUCAAAUUUAUCAUUUUCUUAAUUAUAUAUAGA